AUGUCAGCUGCACCUGGUCCCUCACACGAGUUCGUGUUUGACCACGAGGUCGAUGAUGAUCUUGAUCCAACCUUUCCCCCUGACUUCGAUCCUGAGCAGGAUAUCGAGUUUAUUCACAUGGACCAGCCCUUAGAGGCACCCGUAGCUCCUAUUGAUCCUUUGUUUGACAUCCCUGCUGAUUUUGACAUGGAUCUAGUUGAUCCUGAGCCCGUCAUGGCCCCCGAGCCUAUUGUUGACCAUGACCCUGUUCUUGAUGAUGCCCCAGCCGAUGCACCGCCUGAUAUGGGUGCACCAGCCAUUGCACCUCUUGUUGAUGAUAUACCCAUUGUUGAUCUUCCCGUUGUUGCUCCACCCUUGAUGGAUGAUCUUGUUGUUGAUGCACCAUUACCAGAUCCCAUGCCGGUACUGUUUGACCGUGCACCUUUUGCUGCUCACAUAGACCCUCGUUAUGCCGACACCCGCAACGGGUGGAUCGAUGACGACGACGAUAACCCACCGUUUGUGCUGCCUGUCACUCCCCCAGUAGCACCCGUUUCUGCACCCACUGAUAUCCCAUUGUUUCCCCCACACACCACAGACGCUCAUCGCACUUAUCUUCCCAUUACGUUCCUCCAGGACAUACCGCCACCUCGUCCUGGAGAGGGGUCAUCGAGGCAGCCGCCUGUUUCUGCUCCACCCAUGUUGUCAUCACCUUUUCCGUUCACAUGUCUGGUAGCUGGAAAAAUCGGUAAUUCUGAACUGACGAAAGAAGACUACGACCAGAUUGAUCCAGAGGAGAUGGAGCUUAUUGAUAUUCAAGAAGAUCGAAAUGAUAUUGUUCGCAAAACAGCUCAUGGGAAAGCUACGACAGCACCAAGAAAGUUUGCGAAUGUUGCUGAAAUUAAAGAAGAAAAAGAACCUGCUAAAAACCAUGAAGAAAAGAUUGAGAACAAAGAGAAAACUCGAGAAGAGAUCUUGAGUGAGAAAACACAUAAAGAAAGAGAUGUGGUUUACAGAAGAAUGGAUGAGAUGCAGGAAGAAUAUGAGAAUGCUGUCAGCAACAAACGAUGGGACAAGAAGAGAGAAAGAGUGACGAAAGAUGAUGCAUAUGUUAAACAAUACGAGAAAGAUAUCCGAUAUGCUAUGCUGUCAUGCUUGAGAAAAAGGGAUGAAGAGAAAAUGAAGAAGAGUAUUGAAGAGAUGGUAGUUAAUCUGAAGAAGGUUGCUGAAGAAGUCGAAACAGAAGCUGUAAAAGUUGAAGCUGUGAAAGAAGUUGAAGAACAGCAAAUUGAAGAAGAAGAAAUGAAGGAUGUCAAAUCAGAUGCUGGUGAUGUUGGCAAAGAAGUCAGUGUUGAACAAAAGCUGAAUGAUGCUGAGAUGAAGCAGCCAGAGAAAGCUGAAAACAACGAAGUGCCAAACACUGAGGUGUUUCUGAAGAAAACUGAAUGUCAAUCAAAGGAGAAACGAAGCAGCCUGGCACCGGAGGCUGCUGAUCCCUGCAACGGUUAA